AUGGGGUGCGGACUGAGAAAGCUGGAAGACCCAGAUGAUAGCAGCCCUGGAAAAAUCUUUUCUACAUUGAAGAGACCACAAGUUGAAACAAAGACGGAUUCUGCUUAUGAAUAUGUAUUGCUGGAUUUUACUUUAGAAGCUUCCUCAAAUCCAGAAGUUAUCAAGAUCAGUUCUGUGUUGGAUAUAGCAUCUAAGGUGGAAGAAUAUUACAGCAAAGGAUAUGUUGUAGGAGCUGUUCAUCCUAUUAUACUGCCAAUUGGACGUAGAAGGAAUUUCCCUGCAAGUCACAUGUAUCGAGUGGUACUUUCACGAUUAAAAUUAAGCCAGAAGCAUGCAGCACCCAGAGGACAAAGGCACCCCAGGCUGGUGAUUGAGGAAUGUCCUUUAAUGUAUGAAACACUGACAAAUGAGGUAGUGAAAGAACUGUUAGAAAAGGUUAACGAAGCUGCUAAAAGAGGAAAGAAGUUUGUGGGAUUUGUAACGCAACAUUUUCCUCAACCUAAAGCCUGUAAUGGAACAAGCACAGAUGGAAGUGCAGAGCUGGAAUCGACACUGGGCAGAAGAAAUAGGGAACACAGAAGAAAAAAUUCUGAUGAAAACUAUAAAAACUGGAAUGAAGGGACAUUGAGUGGCCACUCAUCUGAGAGUGGGAUAGAGGAGGAAAUGCAAGGAGAAAGCAGUCUGUUACAGGAUGUAGAUUUCCAGUUUGGAAAAGAAGUCAGCCCUGUUAAACCACGAAAAGGAGACGGUAAUAAAUACAAGCUAUAUACAGUCUUCAAUGUUUUUGAUGAUGAUUCUACCUCCUGGACCUAUCAUGAAGGCAUUUUGUCUAUGAAAGUAACAAGAAAGGGGCCAGUUAUUAGUACACUGGAAGCAGACUGGUUAGAAUUAACCACAUUUUAUUACAAACAAGGAUUGUCCUUAAUUGAUUCUUUCGUAUACUGGGAAACUUCUAAAGGGGACUAUUUGCCCAAAUCUUUGGAAGGAUUAUUUAUCUACGAAGAGGAGGGUGCUGGGGUUCCAGGUUCUAACAGGAAAGGAAAUGAUGCCAUAGUUGUUGAACAAUGGACAGUCAUUGAGGGGUGUGAAAUUAAAACAGAUUAUGGACCUUUAUUGCACACGCUGGCUGAGUUUGGAUGGCUCCUGACCUGUGUCCUGCCUACACCUAUUGUACGACAUGACAGUGAAGGAAAUCUGGCCACAAAGCAAGUCAUUUUUCUUCAGAGACCUGUUAUGUGGAAUUCUGCUGUCCAGACGCCAGAGAGGAAAUCCUUAAGACAAGUUAUUGGGGAGGAAAAAGGCAAAGUCUCUAGCAGAAGUGUUGGAUUAGACACAGCUACUUCUCGCCCUGUAGAAACUGGACAACCACCUGAUGAGUUUCACCUAUCUCCAUCUAAACAAUGUUGGAUCAAGGAGGGAUCCUCCCAGUAUGGAGGCUUUCCAGGAUUCAGUAGCAGUGGUGGAGUAUUAAGGGAACUGGACGAUGGACAAUUUGACCAGGAAGAUGGAGUCACUCAGGUCACAUGUAUGUGAUAAAGUAAGUAACUGCAUCAGAUGGACAUGUACAUAAUUCACACAAAUGUUUAAAAAAAAAAAAAAUCAUACUACGUUAAAUGCAUUGGUAUAAUCCUAUGACUUUUCCCAGACUCAUUUUGUAUUUUUGUCUGUUUGUUGUGUUAAUCCUACUGUAGUAAUACUACUACUGCAAAAUAAUUUGGUUUUCUGUCUCUCUUUAAUAGAAUAACUACAUGACUGCAUGCUCUGCUAACUUGUUAAUGCUUUUGACAAGCAAGGAAGCAAACGCUGCAAAACAGUGACAGUUUGAAUUGUGUAAGAGAGAAAGGAAUGAGGAUGUUUAGUGUUUUCCACAAGCUGGAGGAGUGUUUGUUGGUUUGUUCGGUUUUUUUAAAGGGUGUUGUAAAUAUUGGUGGGUAAAAUGAACUGUCUGGCUGUUGUUAAGUUUUAAUGUAAUUUUCACUUUACUUGCCUUGCAUAAAUUCAAAAGCCUAGAGAAAUGUUAAGUCUUACACUAGAGGGUUAAUAAUUUAAGCUACGUUGAGACUUGGUAUGUACAGAAAACCUUUGGAGGCUGUAGGCAGACACUUGCUCCUGUAAUAUAAUUUCACCUAUACAGGUUUUACCAGGGUUCCUUGUACAUCGAAGCCAAAAGCUAUCCGAGCAUAUAGCUUGUAAAUGAUGUAUUCAUAAUUUACUCGUGAGUGGAAAUUAAGAACCACUCACCCCCUGAAAGAUAACUUGCAGUCUAUGAAAAAGUAGUUUGAGAAACUCACUAAGAAGCAUUGAUAGCAAGGUGCACAAUGAUGUUGAUAAUACAUAGGAGGAAGAAGUAGGCUAAACUUAAUAGGCAAUAUUAGAUCAUAGACAGUAUACAAAUAUGCUGAUGUAUAUAUAAAAAAAUUUCUCGGCUAAAUGCAUCUCACACUGGGUAAGGUGUAUUCAGCUGCAUCAAAUACCAGAAAGAAUGUUCAGAGGAAAGGAUGAAGUUGCUGUACUUCCAUCCUCACCGUGGGGAGGAGCUGCUUGCAUUAAGGGAGGUUAACACUGGCAGGGCUCUGUGGGGAGAGGCAUGAACAGGAAUUACUUUGUGCUGCUGUCUUGAAAUUACAUUUUACAGAGGAGAAGCUGAAUAAAAAUGCAUCUCCAGAAGGUAAAUGUGAUUAUAACUAAAAAUUGCAUUUUUUUCAGUUAGUUUUAGAAGCAAAAACUAUAAAUGCUAGUCACGGUUAAGCUAAUGGAAAAUAAUUUGGUCAAAAUGAGAAAUCAGCACAGAACUGAGCAAAUGUAUUCACAACACUUCUCUCAAUGUUUGCAGUA